AUGCCAGGAACCCGCCGCUACCCCCCGGAACGAAUACGCUACGCCACCUACAUCUGGCCAGCAGAUUGGCAGCCAGCAGAAACAACAUCAACCUCAGCAUCAACCUCAAUAACAUCAUCUGAUCACUACAACCUACAGCAGCAGCAGCAGCAACAACAAAUCUGCGCCUGCUGCAUCCCCUCCUCAUACUACUACGUACCCCCCAGCCCCGAAGCUUUCCAACGCCACCGUUUCGUUCUCUCUCGUUGCGAACAGCUCGAUCCUUCGCUUCUUCAUCGUCACGGCUACAGCCAACUCAUAAGCGACGCGACGAGCGUAGUUCUCUGGGCGAUUUGGACACACCUCGUUUAUGAUGCAGAGUUGGUGUACAUGAGCGUCGAUUAUUUUUGCUGGUUGAAAAAAAAAACAGUCCCAACAGAACCCUUCCCCUUCACCUCCCACCCACCCACCAAAACCGGCCCUCCCUACAGCGACGUAGUUCAGUACUUCCUCUGUCGCGCUGACGGAUUGCAGUGUCUGGAGGGUAUUUUUGCCACCAGUAUGAAUGAGUUUAUGAACUGCAGUAAUCGGUACCACACCCGAUGGAAGAUGCAGCACGCUAUUCAGAAUAUCUUUAACGGAGGACAGGUUUCCUAUGGUGGGAAUUGUGUCUGCGGACUUGGGUUGCCGCUGGUGGCUUCGUGUGCGUGUUUAGAGGUACCCUGGCCUGUUAUGACUUGUAGGACGAGGGACAUGGAGCCGGUUGUGAUGGUGAGGGUUGAGGAGAGGACGAAGUGGAAGAAGAAGAAGAAAGUUAAGGAGUCGGGGUGUUUGGUUAUGUAA